AUGGUAAUUGGUACGGAUACCUGUUGUCGGGGCUGCUGUCCGUUUUCUCCCAUUGUCACGCUCCUUAACAGGGACAACCGUGGUUUCGGGUCGGCGCCGGCGCUGCUCAUACGACAGGGACGCUGCUUCCAGGGAUGCUACCUUGAUCCUCACCAGACGUACCGCACGGAGUACCAUCUACCAUCGGCCGGCGCGCAAGGUUGUUCAUAA